CAGGCAGCUUGACGAAACAUAACACCAGGGUGCGCUGAUGCCAUUUCGCGUUGCAACUGGAAUUCGUUUAAUUUAAAUCGUUCAAAUUUCAAAUUGUACAAUGUCAGAUAAAAUUAACUAACCGUACAAUAAUGUAAGAGUAGGAUAAAUUCAAUUGUAAUUUUCUUAAAUCGUCUACAAAAUUUCAAAGUGAACGAAAUUACAUUCUGGAAGCCAUAGAGAUUUUCAAAAAUUAAACACCGUCAACCUCAAAAGUUGUCAUGUCUAAUUGCGGCCCUUGUCAAUCUUUGCUGGGUAAAUUCUUCAACUACGUAAGCAAAUCCAACUGGAAUAUCUGGAAUGUGAGUCAAAACAAACAAUCGGCGUGUCCUUCGAAACGGAAGAAAAUAGAAAAAGAAGAAGGAAAAGGAGAAGAAGAAAGGGUAACUCAAAGAUCAUUAAACGGCGACCAAGAGGGGGCAGAGUCUCAAUUUUCGGACGACAUUUUGAAAGAUUCCCCUGACGAAAAGGAAUCACCAUAUACACCUCCCAGCCGAGUCUGUCCAACCGUUAAAUCUUGUUGCUACAUAAAAAUGCAGGAUCCUUGUGCCCCCUGCUGCUGCGAAUCGAAACCAAAGCUUUCACCUUGCCCGCCCAAAUAUGGACGUCAGGAGUCACGUCAGCCGACAUGUGGCUGCGAUAUUUGUCAGAAAAAUCCUGGCAACGAGAAAUGUUGCGACAGGAACAGAGAGUUUCGCGGUAUAAGCCUUCACCCGAGGUACUUCGAGAAAGCGUGAACCGAACGGCACCGGAAGCAUCGUCGAAUAAACGGACCGGAGGAAUUUAAGGUUACGAGUGCUUGAGCCACCUUCAAUGUUUGCCGAACUAAUUCGGACGAUGCGUUUACGUGUCAGGAAUUCUCUGAAUAAUCUUAUCGACCGCCGGUUUCCAGAAUGAACGGGUUACCUGAUCGGCGAUCAGUUACCCGCCAAC